GCGUCUGUCCAAAGUGCAAGAUUUAUCAAGGGGUUGCUCGACAUUUUUAAAAAUCCAUCGAGUUGCGGAAACCUUAUAAAGACUGUAAUAAUCGUGAAAGACCUGGGAUACCGGUGAACGAAGGGCGAUCGAUCGACCAAUCGCCGGCACAGAAACCGUUAGAUAUUUCCGUUGUGCGCGCGUUUAAACGUACCAGCGCACAUUUAUCUUUCGUGUACGCGACCCGUGCAUCUUGCGUGCAAACGAUCUACAGGACACGGUUUUACUAGAGGUGGUGAAUCAUGGCGGUAAAUGUUUACGCGACGAACGUCACGACGGACAACCUGAGCCGUCAUGACAUGCUUUCCUGGGUUAAUGACUGCCUACAAUCAUCUUUCACUAAAAUCGAAGAGCUAUGUACUGGUGCUGUGUACUGUCAAUUUAUGGACAUGCUCUUCCCUGGAAGUGUUCCACUGAAGCGUGUGAAAUUCAGGACCAAUCUGGAACACGAGUACAUACAAAACUUCAAACUAUUACAGGCUGGCUUUAAGAAGAUGAAUGUAGACAAGGUAAUACCGGUGGACAAGCUGAUAAAGGGCCGCUUCCAAGACAACUUUGAGUUUCUUCAGUGGUUCAAGAAAUUCUUUGACGCGAACUAUGACGGCCGUGAGUACGACGCCUGCGAGGCGCGCGGCUGUAUCCCUUUGGGUUCCAGCGUUGAUGGUUCUCAUAACUUAUCCAAUCCGCAAUUGGUACCGCUUCCACCUCAGUCAAAGCAGCCACCGAUGCAACAAAAGCACAUUCAGCAGCGUAACGUCAUGGCGAGGCAACCGCAGGUUAACAAAGUGCAGCCAAACCGUCCUGUGCCAAAAACUGGACCAGUUGGAACCCGAGGAGACCUGGGAAAGGUGGAGGAACUCAGUGCACAGGUGAUGGAAUUGAAGAUGACUGUAGAUGGUUUGGAAAAGGAGAGAGAUUUCUACUUUGGCAAGCUCCGAGACAUCGAGGUAAUGUGUCAAGACUGUGACAACGGUGAUCCACCACCAAUUGUGCAGAAGAUCCUGGAAGUUCUUUACGCUACGGAGGACGGUUUUGCACCUCCCGAAGAACUGGAGGGUGACGGGCUCGCACCAGACGACGAGUAUUAAUUCAAGUUUUUCUACGACCCAGGACACGAAGAGGAACAAGAUCAGAAAUCAAACAAGAACAACAAUUAUUGUAAGAUCGAGAGUAACGAUUGAGUGUGUUUUCGUUUGAUUAAGUUCGCAAGCCAGUAUCAGCAGCCCCUUUGCAUGAUUAUUAAUAUUAUUACUACUCUAAACUAUUACUAUUAAAGAUUGUUGCUAUUAAACUGGCCGUAUUUGAGCGCGUCUCCACGUUAAAAGUCUCGUUCUCAUCAUCGUCGUCGUCGUCAUCGAUUCUUUUCAUCUUGGUCACGUGACGGUGCUCAUCGCGAAACCAUUACGAAUUGUUCGCAUUUAAUAGAAAAAAAAAAAUACAAAAAUCAUAAACAAAAACAAAUACCAAUUUUAGAACGUCUCUCGAUAGAUAUUUUCUCAAAUUCGCCACGUUAUACCCACGUGGGGUUGUAAUGAUAACGAUGAUAAUACUAGAAUCAUUUUAAGAAAUCAUCCAAUAUAAUGAUUAUUGUUAAAACAAAAUUGGCAAUGCGAUCACGUUCCCUUCAUCUCGUUUCGUAUACAUAGAUUCUUCGCCAAUUUCUCUCGAGUUACAAUUAAGAUACAUAUAGGUUAUAUUAGGUUAGGUUACGUAGGCGUUACUACAUCCAACGUCAUAGAUAAUCCUUCGACGUGUGAAGAGGAUAUUCCAAGAUACGAGUGACAUGCUUAGCUUGAGGUCCUUGCGUCUUUUUUUCUUAGAUGUAACGGGCUUAACAAAAUAAGGAAGGCAAUCCAUUGAGGAAGGUCCUUUCUUUUUUAAAAAUAUUUUUAGUCUCGCCUAUCUCUAUAAGCUGAUUAAAAAUUUUUAAGAGUUUAUAAUCCCAUUGAUAACCCGGAAGAUGGCAAUUGGAUUUGGUAGAUUUUACAAAUUCUCGUGUAAAAUGAAGGACCGACCUCUUCGUUGUGUGGCUUUCGCGAGCUUUCGUCAGCAUUCGUAAAUUUAUCCUGAGCCUCUGUUGCUAAUUGUUGUGCCUGUUAACAGCCGUCAAAAUUUUUCACUGUACUCUCGUUUUCUCUUCUUUCGGUUCAAGUCACCAAAAAAAUAUGUAUAUUGCAUAAGGAUGCUCCUCUCUGCCAGAAUCACUUAGGCAGCACGUAAGAAAUAAAGAACCGCUACAGAGUGCGUUAGAAAUUUGUCAUUGAUGGAAACUGUAAUGGUCUGAUUAGAGCGUACGAUAUAUAUAAUAUGUUUAUAUAUAUACAUAUGAAAAUGGCGUGAGGAUACCGCUUACGAUUCAAUUUUAUACUCUACUCGCUAUUUCGUAUAUUGGCCCGACAAUGGCGGUGCACAUCCUCGAUCCUGCUUUUACUUGCAACUUUUAAAACGCGGAAUUAAAAUUAACGUCCACGCACCAAAAGACUUUGGAACGGACAUGUAUAUUACGGGGAUAAAUUUCGAGCCCAUAAGUUACUUGAGCGAAGGGGAAAGGUCUGGAGAAAGUGAUGUGGCCUGAUAGGGGUUGGUCAGCGGGUAAAGGAAAGGAUCUGCACAGUUUAAGUAAAUAAUAUCUCUUAUGGAUUGUGAAUAGAACAAGUGUUUCCUCGAGCGCAAGGGAAGGGACAAGCAGAAGGAAAUCUAAAACGUGUAUGAGGAUAUUGAAAGUUUGUGGAGUUUAAAAAGAAAGUCUUAAUAAAUGAAAGAAACACACGCAGCAUUCAAUCACGUAUCAAUGCAUAUGUACACGCUGUGACCGAUUGACGCGUGCGUACACGUACACACAGGACACGUUUUCCCAUAAUUAGGUGUAUGCACGGAUAUGCGUACACGCACGAGACACAUAAUUGAUCGCGUUUAGAAAUUCGUAAUUCUGACGUAGCUUAAGAUUGUAAGUGCGCGUGAUCGGACAUAAUGGGAUGCGCCACUCGUCCAAGUCAAUGAACGAAUGAAUGAGUAAAUCCUUCUGUAUGAUGAAUUGGAGCAGGAAUGAAUGAUGGAUUCUGUUUAGAUGCGUGCGUGGCAUUGAGUAAACCAAUUAGAGUAUGAAAACAAGUGAAUAUGUGCAUGCGCGUGCCUAUCUGUCUGUCUCUGUCUGUGUCGCAGAGUAAAACUGAAAAACAGAUAUACAUAUAUUGUGUACGUUUGUCCUUGCGCUGUGUCAAUUUUAAUUUGGUGGAUCUCUUGUCGAUCAGAGGUCACUUGAGGAUUGCAUUUAAAAUAUGAUUAUUAUGGAGGAUCGACCAUUGUUUAACGUCUGACUAGAAUUAAUUUCAUUUAUCAAGUAUCAUUUAUUAACUUUUUUCUCCUUUUUUUUCUAAACAAUUACGAGGGCUACUGCAGCGCUUUCUACUCUGUUUCUUUAAUUCUGUCCCUAUUGACUGUUUCUUAAUGUCAUUAAUCAAGAUCGUUAGCACGAUUUCAUUCAUGUUUUAAUUAGCCGAAUAAUGCGCGUCGCUUCUCGGCACAUGCGUUCACAUCAUCACACAUCUCUAGCGAGGUGCGCACACGUCGCUAUUGCAAUUUCAGCGAUAAUCUAAUAAACGUUAUAAUGAGGAGUACCAAGUCAAGACACUUUGGUACCAUCAUUCGCUAUAAUGUUAGUUCCUAGUAGGGACACCAUGGAUUAUAUGAUGAGAACAAUUCCGAAAAAUUGACAGGCUCCACCUCGAUAAGGAAACGAUCCAGAUUGUUUAGAUUUGCGAAUCUGAGACGAAAAAUUAUCGCGUCGUAGAGCUUUUUGAUCGUCCUUAAUGGUUUUGGACCACGGUUAAUUUUUCGGUUAUUGCUGGGAAGACCCUCUCUAGCUGUAAUGCCACGUUGCAACGUUUAAUAAAAGUCAUGUUGGGUUGUGAAAGGA